AAGACUAUCUACCUGAAUCCCAGAACACUACACAAAACUGUGUAGGUGCAGCUUAAGGAACGCGUCAGAACUCUGCUCAAUCAACCCAAACCACCACAACUGAAGAUAUAACUGAUGAUUGCACUGAGCAGAGGGCAAGAAAUGACUUCAAUCUAUGUCUCAAUAACUACAAAAUGGAGUUCAGUGAGUGGGAGGUUCAGCGUAGAGACAUUGAUAAAAUCUUUGAAUGGAUGAAGCAGACUGUGUACUACAGCUAUCUUAAGACCUAUGUGCACGUGACACACAGUUGGAAGGAAGCGUAUAAUAACUUGAAGAUGCAAGUUGGCCAAGGAUCGCGAGAAAUCCAGUUUCUCGAAGCUAUUCGACCACUAGAUGAGGCGUGGGUAACGUCUUUUGAGCACUUAAUCGAUUCAAAGAUUGAUGAUAAAUCUCUUACCUAUAAGGAUCUCUUAAAUGGCUUCUAG